AUGGCUGCCCGUAGAGCCUCGAAUUCGACCAUCUGUGCGCGCCUUCGCUCCUCUUUUAUCCGCCGCGCACGCUCCUUCACCCCAGCAGGCGUUGCUGACGUGUCGCCACAUUGUUCGACAACCGCGAUAGCUAAAAAUUCGCAACGCACGCCGGUUCUCAAUCAAUUCCCGCAGUUGGAGUCGUCGGCGUCUCCGAUCUGUGAUAAUGCCCGUUCCCGAAUCGCCUGUCUCGACAUGUGGCAACACGCGGUUGGGGAGUCGACCAUCAGGCGGUACGCGCCUUUCCAGCCAUCAGGCGCGCACCAAAUUCGGCGUGGAGCCCUUCUGACCAACAACAGUAUCGCUGCUGCUACAAACGAAUCGCACAGAUUAGGCUCGUUCAACUACAGAGAUUACUGUAGCCAGUCUACUAUCGCUCGCGACAUAAAUCUGUCCGCCUUCCCGCCAGAUCGGAUUCGGAACUUCUCCAUCGUGGCCCACGUGGACCACGGGAAAUCCACGCUGGCAGACCGCCUGCUGGAGCUGACAGGCACGCUCACCCCCAGCGACACCAAGGGGCAGGCGCGCCCACAAUAUCUGGACAAGCUGCAGGUGGAGCGGGAGCGAGGCAUCACAGUGAAGGCACAGACCGCCACCAUGCUGUUUGACUACGUACCACUUGUUGCUUCCAAAGACACUUUGGCAUUGGCAGACCCGUCUCAGACUGGUCCCCCUCCUGGGCGGUACUUGCUGAAUCUGAUAGACACGCCUGGGCACGUGGACUUCAGCUACGAGGUGUCUCGCUCGCUGGCCGCCACUCAGGGCGUGCUGCUGCUGGUGGACGCGCAACAGGGCAUUCAGGCACAGACCGUUGCGAAUUUCUUCCUGGCUUUGGAAGGGGACCUGGCUGUUGUGCCGGUGGUGAACAAGAUUGACAGACCAGACGCUGACCCUGAAGCCGUUGCCGCUCAGAUCGCCAGCACCUUCGACCUGCCUGUCUCCUCUUGUCUCUUCACCUCAGCCCGCACAGGAGCCGGCCUGCCCUCUCUCCUCUCCGCCAUCGUGCGCCAGAUACCACCUCCCCCAGGCGACCCUGCCGCCCCGCUGCGCGCGCUGCUAUUGGACGCACACUUUGACGAGUACAGGGGCGUGGUGUGCCACGUGGCAGUGGUUGAUGGGGCGAUCAGGGAGGGCGAGAGGGUGGCGGUGGCGGGGAUGGGGAUGAGCUACGACGUGGGGGAGGUGGGGGUGAUGUAUCCCGAGGCAACGCCUACUGGUUGUCUCCUUACUGGGCAGGUGGGGUAUGUGAUGCUGGGAAUGCGGACAACGCGAGAGGCAAGGGUAGGAGACACGAUUCACCACCAUAAAGCCCAAGUGUCGCCGCUCCCGGGCUUCAGGGCGGCGCAGCACAUGGUGUUUGCAGGGGUGUUUCCUGCCGAUGGCUCCGACUUUGAGGCGCUGGCGAAAGCAGUGGACAAGCUCGUGUGUAACGAUGCGAGCGUGGCGGUGACAAGAUACAGCAGUGCUGCUCUGGGCGCGGGAUUCAGGUGCGGCUUCCUGGGUCUGCUGCAUAUGGACGUGUUUCACCAGCGCCUGCAGCAGGAGUUUGGCGCUGAGGUCAUCUCGACUGCUCCCUCUGUGCCAGCUGUCUUUGAAUACGCUGACAGCACGCGCAUAGAGGCCCAGGGUCCAUCAGACAUCCCAUCCAUCCCAAAGCAGCGAGUGGUUCGCUGCACGGAGCCCUUUGUUCUCGCCACCAUCGUCACACCCUCCAAGUAUGUGGGACCUAUUAUGGAGCUCUGUGCAAGCAGGAGGGGCGAGCAGAAGGAGUACUCCUUCAUUGACGGCGACCGAGCUAUGUUAAGAUACGACAUGCCAGUGCGGGAAGUGGUGAUGGACUUUUACAGCCACCUCAAGAGCAUCUCCUCGGGGUUCGCCACGUUUGACUAUGAAGAUGCCGGCAUGAGGGAGGCGGAUCUGGUGAAGGUGGAUGUGCUGCUGAACGGCAAGCCAGUAGAUGCGCUGGCAGCUAUCGCCCACAGAGACGCCGCGCAGCGCAUGGGGAGGAAACUUGUGGAGAGACUGAAAGGGGUUCUUGACAGGCAAAUGUUUGAGGUGGCCAUCCAGGCUGCUAUCGGCGCCAAAGUGAUUGCAAGUGAAAAGCUUUCGGCUAUGCGUAAAAACGUACUUGCUAAGUGUUACGGCGGGGAUGUUACCCGCAAGAGGAAGCUACUGGAGAAGCAAAAGGAAGGGAAGAAGCGAAUGAAGCGAGUUGGCUCCGUCUCUCUUCCCCAGGAGGCAUUUCACGACUUGUUGCGGACAUCAUAA